AUGCCACGCGAGACUGAGUCCGUCGACGCAAUACUGUUGAGCUUUUUCGAUGGCAUUGGCACGGCUGCGUUGGUUUUCCAGCAGAUCCUUGAGGAGAAAUCCUGGAAGGGGCACAUGAUAUUGUGGGAGUCUGACGAGGACCUAGCAGCGUUGACAAAGGAGCACUUUCCGAAGGCAGAUCACAGGGGUGAUGUUGACAACGAGCGUGUUGCGGAUCUGAUUGAGCGCUUGGACGCUAUCGACCCGGGACGCAAGGCUACUGUCAUCAUCGCGGGCGGUCCCCCCUGCCAUGACUAUAGUAGGAUUCGUUCUUCCGCUCCAGGUGCUCAGGGUUUGGAAGGCUCGAAAUUCGUUCGCUUUGCCGAGCUGGUCAAAGAGCUGGAGAGGAGUUGGGGAAGGCCCCAAGCAGUGUUGAUCGUGGAAAAUGUCCUCCCACAGAACAAGGCCGACAUCAGGGCGUUCGAGAAGGCUUUGGCCGCGCAGGCAGUGAUGCACGACUCUAGCGACUUCGGGAUCAUUUCGCGACCAAGAGUGUGGUGGACACGCGUUCCGUGGCAGCAAGUCAGUCAUCGCUCUGAUUGCCCUGCCAAACUGCGUUGGUCAACGCAUCAGGGAGUUCCUCGCGUCACCUUUGCAGUCCAUCCGGACAAGAUUGAUGAUUUCGACUUGGGGGGCCUGAAGUGGCCUAGCGUCUUGCUGGACCGCGUUGGUGUGUUGCCUUGUUUGACAACGCCGUCCGAGAGCCCAGAAGGUCGGCCUGCGCCGCGAAGCAGCAAAGGCAAGGAUAAAAACAUGUUCACGGACAAGUCGGGUGCCUUUCGUCUAGCCACAGCGGAAGUGAAGGAGCAGUUGCACCAUCUUCCGUGCGGGUGGACAAGAAAGCUGCGCGACAAGGCCCGCCACCGCGCACUUGCGAACGGCUGGCAUCUGCGAGCGGCCAAGUUGUUCUUUCUCUUCGGAUUGUUGUCAACCGAGGCUGGGGCAUUGCGUCCACAACCAAACCCAUUGGGAUGCGAUGCCAUUGGGUGCAUGGUGCGUAUUUGGGAGUCGGCGCCGCUCCUCAACGGUCCAGGUGUUCCUACGUUGGCUGAUGCGGAUGAUCUCUCUGACAUCGUUGACCCGUAUGAACAUUGGGCAGCUUCUCAGCAGUGUCGGCAUUCAGCGCAGCAGGAUCCGCGAAUCGAGCCAGGGCUUCUGCAAUGGCUCCCUGUGUGGCGACACUUCCGCAACGUGUUGCCUGAGAUGCGACGGGCAGUGACCCGGGCCGUGGAAGAGCUUGUUGCGGACCGGGAGGAAGAGACAGCGGCGUGGUUCCGACAGUGUCCUCCGCACAUUCAGAAGGCAUAUUACUCUCAGUCAGGUAGGGCUUCUGUGCAAGUACCAGUGAUUCGGGAACUUGCUACGCGCCUUGGUUGGAAAGACAUGACUAUCUUCAAACCAGCACGGCCGAAAUCAGAUGUUUCCCAAAAGCUAACCGGAUGUUUGUUUUUCAGGUGGAAGUAA